CGGUAAAGAAGCCAAACAGGUUGGACCGAACAACACCUGAAUGGCCCCUCCUUGAAAACUUGAUUGAUUUUAAGGCAGUCAAUGGAAGCGAAUCCAUGAAAUGUCAUCUUCCUUUCGCUUGUUUGGAAAAAAUUUUUCGACUCGAUUCGAAUGCGACCGUCAAGAGGAGCGACAGAAGCUUUAGGGGUGCAACAAGACGCGACAUGACGCCGACAUUCCUUCGGGGUGAACGAGUGGUGCCGAGUUAGAUGACGAAAAGCGUCAAAAGUUGUCUUAGAAGGCUUCAUUUGGCUGGAGGGGCUAAGAGGACAUGCGUGGGCCACUUUGGAGCGCAUGUCUGCUGUUAAACAUCUUUUUCACCUUCGGCAACAGUUUGGAUGAGGAGUGCUUUCUGGGUAUUGUGGGCCAGCCACUGCACCUUUCCUGCUUCUACCCGGACGUCAUUGCUUCGGACAGUGUUUCGGUGCAGUGGAGGAGGAAUCGUGAUGAGGCGGUGCGAGGUGACGAGGACAACGAGGCACUCGCUACGGGUAACUUCACGCUAAGGAUUCCCAUUGUAGACCCCCGAGAGGACAAUGCAUCUUAUAGUGUCGUCGUGACAUUGUGGGGAAAUCAAAGUGUGGAGGCCUGCACGUUGUGCGUCAGAGUUGCUGCUCCGUUCAGCCCUCCCGAACUACAGUGGGAGGCAUCAUCAGCGAAAGACACCCCGAGCGUUUUCCAGUGCCACUCGAGCGGCGGCUUUCCCGCUCCAUCCGUCAUCUGGUUAAUUGACGGCGUGUCCUUGGAAACCUCCACAGACUCAGCGCAAACCCUCUUGGAGCAGCAUCCAGACUCGCACCUCUACGACGUCACCAGCUACCUUACCGUCAACGUGACGGACACCAAUGUGUCCUGCGUCAUCCGCAACGACGCUAUCGACCAGACACUCACCUCCACUACACACGCGGUAUGGCACGGUCCAGUGGUGACCCGAGCAUCGGACGCUUUGUGGGUGUUCAGCACCGCCCUUUGCGUGGUGGUGGGCGUCAUGGUGGCCGUGGGUUUGGCCUACCAGAUCCAUUUGGACCGUGUGAGCAAGAAGAAGAAGAUGCAACACAUGAAUAGAAGGAACCGAGGUUACAGGAGACGUCAGUCCACCGAGGAGACAGAAGUGAUCACGUUGCAGUCGUUCAACGCCUAAACGAGUGUGUUGUCAGAAAAUUUUGUUUUUCUCAUUAGCGCCUCCACUGGAAAGUUGGAAAAUUGCGCUGACCACAGUUUUAAAAGUAGAUGUACAUGAGUAUUGUGAGAAAAUGUGUGAAACACUUUAAAGGACUGAACUGAAUAAGAAUUGAACAAGAAUUUUUGUUGAAGACAAAUUUCAUAGAAAAGUGCAACUGAUUUAUGUUAAGUUUUUUGUCCUAAAAUGGCAUGAAAUAAUUUUGGGAGGUUUGGAGAAGGAAAAGGUGAUGAGUUUGUUUAUCGUUGCCCAAAGAUUUAAUGUUAAACUUAGAAUUGUUAACAUUUUCACCAACUUUUAAGCUAUUAAGAUGUUUUUUCCCCAAUAAAAAAAUGUGUUCUUGAUGUGUCUUCACUAUUAUUGUGCAAGAUUCCAGUCAUAGUAGGAAAGAUUUUUAAUAGGGCUGUCAAAAUUAUCGCGUUAACGGGUGGUAAUUAAUUUUUUUAAUUAAACAUGUUAAAAUAUUUGACGCAAUUAACGCACAUGCCCCGCUCAAACAGAUUAAAAUGACAGCACAGUGUUAUGUGCACUUGUUACUUGUGUCUUUUGGAGUUUUGUCGCCUUCUGCUGGCGCUUGGGUGCGACUGAUUUUAUGGUUUUCAGCACCAUGAGCAUUGUGUAAUUAUUGACAUCAACAUCUACUAUUUUUUUUUUGAUUGAAAAUUUUACAAAUUUUAUUAAAAGGAAAACAUUAAGAGGGGUUUUAAUAUAAAAUUUCUAUAACUUGUACUAACAUUUAUCUUUUAAGAACUACAAGUCCUUCUAUCCAUGGAUCGCUUUAAAAAAAUGUUAAUAAUAUUCAUGCCAUCUUGUUGAUUUAUUGUUAUAAUAAACAAAUGCAGUACUUAUGUACAGUAUGUUGAAUGUAUAUAUCCGUCUUGUGUGUUAUCUUUCCAUUCCAACAAUUUACAGAAAAAUAUGGCAUAUUUUAUCGAUGGUCUGAAUUGCGAUUAAUUACGAUUAAUUAAUUUUUAAGCUGUGAUUAACUCGAUUAAAAAUUUUAAUCAUUUGACAGCCCUAAUUUUUUUUUCGUCUUUAUUGCCAUAUUCCAUAUUUUGAAGUGUUUUUAAGUUUGUUUGUUUUUUUUCUUUAAAUAUUAGUAUCCAUUUUUUGUUUAAAUUUGGGUUUUCUGUUCAUAUAGUAGCAAUGUCACCCUCAUAAAUAAACUAAGACAGAAUGUGCUCUUAUUGGUCAGUAAACUUGUCUUUUUAACAUGUCAGUUUUGUUGUUUGUCAGUUUGCUUUUUUGUACAGGUGGUCUGAUUAGCAUGUUAUUUUCUAUUUGAUUAUUUUGAUUGUUAAAA